AUGACAGAUUUCAUCACUUUUUACCUGGAACUUGUAAUCAUCUUUUUAUUUCCUUUUGCUCAAGCUUUAAAUUUGGUUCUUUUUGUAAAUGACACUACUUCAAAUUCAGCUUUAAAUCUACUUACAGAAAACCAUGUUUUUUCAUCUUACGAUUACUACUCGGCUACAAGUUUGGAAGGAAUAGUUAUUUUACUGAAUGAACUUGACAGCCCUAAAAUUUUGAUAGAUUUAACAGAAAAUGUUGCAUAUCAUUAUUACUUAUCACACUUAUGUGGAGAUCUAAAAACGGUUCAUCUUGUGAUCGAUGACUCUUUAAAUUAUUUCACAGAUUGAACUUUUUCAGGUUCUUCAUCUAGACCUGGAUAUCUUAAUGCUUUAAAUGUGCUAUUUAGCCAUUUUAAUUGAACCCAAGGUAUCAUUUUCAACUCAAAUGAAAAUACGUUUAUUGUUGAUUAUCUGAUGGACUUUUCGGAGUAUUUCAAAAGCGUUACGAUUGAGCCAAAUUCAAACAUAAACGAUAUUAUAGGCAGAAUAGCUAUGCCGCUCGGUGCGACAUUGUACUAUGUUUUUAGCGACGCCGAAGAUACCGCAUUCAUUCAGCAAACUCUUAUUACAAAAAAACUAACAAAACUAGGUAGUGGGAUUGUGCUUGGAAAAGAAAGCUAUUAUAAGACAGUAAUUGAUGGAAGCCUCCUAAUUACUGAAGAAAAUCAAGAAUAUACUGAUUCAAAAGAAGCCUAUAUUUCGAAUGCAGUUUUAUAUAUUUUGGCAGCUCUUGAAGAAUAUAUAGACAAUGAUUUUCAGAUAAAAAAUACUAUGGAAAAAAUUUGUCCUUACAAUUUUUGUGGGAAUUCAUUUUCAUUGGUAAAUUAUUUUGAUGGAUCAAGAACGAUUGUGGGAAAGCUAACUUCUUCUAGUAUUUCUAUAACUCAAAAAAUAAUUUUUACGGGAAAUACAACCACUCCUCCUGUUUCUGAAAAGAAAACUCUACCUAUCAGUAUAAAUGCUGGAACGACAAAUUAUGGCAAAGCAUCAUUUGCCACUCUUCCUAUAUAUGCUAGAGGGACUUCAAUGGCAAUCAAAAUGAUUAAUGAAGGUUUAGGAAUUCUUGAAAAUUUUCAAAUGAGCUUAUUCGUAUAUGACUGUGGAUCCACUUUUUAUGAUCCUACUUAUGGUUACAGCUGCUUUUUAAAAGAUAUUGACAAAUUCGGAUUAGGGGCUGUAUCUUCAUACACAUCAGGAGUCACUAUGGCAACCCUUAAUACCUUUAAAUUGCUUAAUCUAACAGUUCCUGUUGUUGGAUCUGCUACAUCAUCUUCAGCAUUAAACUCAACUUCAGUUUAUCCAUGAUUUUCGAGAGUCCAAGUUUCUGAUUCAAAUUUAGCAUCCCAAAUGCCAAAUCUAUUAAAAGCUUUGGGCUGGAAAAGUUUUGCAAUUUUAUAUCAAAACGAGACGUGGGGAAUUUCAUCUUAUUUGGCAUUAAAGGAAGUAGCAGAUAAUGCUGGACUUACUAUCGUAAAUCCGAAUGAGUAUAGAGCUAUACCUCCAGGUCUUACUAGAGAUAAUAUAGGUAAUUAUUCAUAUGUUUUGCAAGGAAUUUUAGACUCUAAUGCAAGACUUGUAGUAGAAUUUAUGUAUGAUGAUUUAUUAGGGUACACAUUAGAAAAAUUUUACGAUUUAGGAGCCAGAAAUGGAGAUUUAAUUUUUUUCUCUGCAAUUUCCGCUGCUCUUAUUGAUAUAGGAGCUAAAGAUGAUGCGUAUAGACAUAAAAGACUUGCAAUUGGCUGUCCUAUGCUUGUUUUCCAAAGUCCAGUUUGAAUGGGAGCAUUAGGGAAAAGUAUUUAUAAUAAUCUCAAAAAUGAUUAUCAGACUACCCCGAGCGAUCUUUCAUGCAAUUUUUUCGAUUCAGCGUUUCUAAUUGCAAAUGCUUUAGAUUUCAUGAUAAAUAGAGGCCAAGACUAUACUGAUGGCUAUAAGCUUAAUUAUACUAUCAGAAAUAUCAAGAUUUCAGGGUGUUCUGGAACAUUAGCUAUUUCUCAAGGCAGCAAUGAUAGAGAAAUGGAUUCUAUGAGCAUUGAUAGCAAUCAAGUUAUAAACAAUAGCCUGGUGGUCUAUCAUAUAGGAUUGUACACUCCUUCCAAUACUCGCUAUUUAACAUUCGAGAACCCUUUUUUCUAUGAUAAUCAAUAUACUAUCAUAAAGCCACCUGACUUAAGAAAUCAAAACGGAAAUUGUCCUUUCCCUGACUCUAAGAUCCGUACUUUUUACGAUGGCCGAUAUCUUGUUUUUGGGAUAUGUUUUUCCAUAGCUUUUGUCACAAGUAUCAUCACUUUUUAUAUAUGGAAAAAAUGAUGGAAUGUAGAAAUUGGUGAAUUAAAAGAACGAAAAGAAAUUUCUUCCCAAGAUUUUAUUGUAGGCGCUACUAUUGCUGUUGAAUUUUUCCAAUUUGCAUCUAUGGGGCCUGAUUAUCGGUCUUUUAAUAGCUUUUUAUCAAGUAUUGGAGAAGCGCUUUCUCUGGAUCUGGGAAACUUUGUGAAAUUGUCUAAUGGUGUAUUUUGAGGGAUCUGUGAUGCAAUUUUAGGACUCUCGGUAACUUGGGUAGUAUUGUGCAUUACUGUGUUUUAUAGGCUUGAUGAAAAAUAUAGUCAUGUCUCUAUUUUUAGAUUUUUAGGCCAGCUUGCAGAUCUCUUAAUGCCUAUUUUAGGAAAUUUAUGUUUUAUUCCUUUUGUUUCUGUGCUGUUAGAUGUAUUUGUGUGUGAUGAGUCGAUAGGAAAUCAUUUUACUGACUCUUUUCUAUCUAAAGAUUGCUAUCAAUUUUGUUGAAAAGGAGAUCAUGUAAUUUACGCGAUUUUAUCAGGAAUUGCUAUUUUAACUUAUGAGCCGUUGGCUGUGUUUUGUAGACCUCUAUGACAGGAAUUUCAAUCAGUUUUACAUGUAAAGACUUUGCCUUUGUUUCUCAUGGCAAAAACUAUAAUUCAAAUUACUUUAAUUGUGAUGAAUAAAACUGUAAAAAGAGCUGAAGCAGCUACACAUGGCUUUUUAUUUUUACUGGUAUUACUCAUCUAUGUAAUAUUUAUAUUCAAAAAUAAACCAUAUAAUUAUCCAAGAUUUAGCUGAUGGCAAGGAGUUAGUAUCAUUGGGGUUAUGUGGUUAGGGUUUUUGACAACAAUAGAUAUUUUAACGAACAAUAGUAAUUUUCCAUGGAUUGCCUUACUCCCCCUCCGUGAGUGAACAAAACCAUUGAAAAAAUUCCUAUUUUUUGCCCAAAAACCCACCCUCCAUGGGUGAACAAAAAUUUUUUUAUGAAAAAACAUUUGAUAUAUAAGUGAUAAUUAGUAUAUUGAAAUCUCGAGCUAAUUCUGUUUAAUUUUAAACAAAUUGCGUUUUAAAACAUAAAUUUAUAAAUUAAAUUAAUAUUUGCAUCCCAAUUUUUGCCUAUUAGGAUUUUUUAAAAUUUCGAGAAAAAAUUUUUUCUACAAAAAUUGUAUAUAAAUUUUCUUAAAAAAAAUUAACCCCCUCCAUGAGUGAAUAAAAUUUUUUUGCUCACUCACGGAGGGGGGGAGUUAGUGAUAUGUGGAUGGGCUAUUAUUAUAUCUGUCGGGGUUUAUGUCCAAAGGAAAAAAUAUCCAAGCUUAUUAUUUAGAAAAAAAGGAAAAGACACAAGCACACUCUUUAGAUUUGCUUUUCAGUUUAAUCGUUUAAUUAAUUUUAAUUUCAAAUAAUAAUCUCUCUCGCACGAAGUAAUAUCAGAACCUCUCUUUUAGCUCCCGAUUGCAGGUUUCGGCAGCCAUCUUAUCUGACAAGCAUUCCAGAGGACUGACCUAAGGGCUAGAAAGCUUUCUCUGGUCUCGUUGACCUUACUCAAGUGCUCUGUCUAUGGGCCAUACUCCUAAGCAGUAAAAACAAUUCCUCCUUUUAUUUGUCCAGCUGUCUAACCUAUGUGGUAAUCCAUAUUUGACAUGCAAUAAAAGCUCACCUGUAAAGCUGAACCUAUAAUAGUAAAAUCGCUGAGCAAUAAUUCUCAGAGAGAGAGCAAAGCCAUCUUAUUAUUUAGAUUUGCUUUUCAGUUUGGAAAUAGAUCCAGAGUGAGCGCGGAUGAGUUUAACAGGAUGAGAAGAUCUUCAAAAAUUGCGCCAUCUUCAUCUAACAAUAAUAAAUAA